UUUUGUAUACAACUAAUAAGACCAGAUGUAAUGUGUAAGUGUAUAUACUAAGAAUUUGAUUGUUGAUUAUUUUACCAGAUUUUUCAACAGAAAAAUAAAUGUCAUAUCAGCAUGGAUGGAGAGGACUUUAUUAAAAUAGUAAACAUAUAUUUUUAAGAUUACCAAAUUAAAUAGAAGUAUAAUUUAAUUGUUUUUACUAGUACUUAGUAUAAUGUCAGAUUCAUCGGACGAAGAAGAUCUGUCUCGUUUUAGAGAUGUAGUGGACACAACAUUUGAAAUCAAGGAUAAAACCCUAUACGAUAAGAAAGAAAAACCACGUUCCGAAAGAUAUUUAGAUGUCGCGACGCAUUACAAUGAUAUAAAGGUCUCAGAAGAAAUGCAAAAACGUAUUGGCGCUAAGGUAUCAGCAGUCAUCGACAGGAGUAUAGAAUUUGUUGACAUUAAACGAAAGUCUAUUAAGGAAAGUGAAGUCAAAGGAGGUGUUAAAUUGUUUAGAGACUCGAAAAGUUUUUUAUCAUGUGAAGUAGUAACGGAUAAAGAUAUAGUAACAGAAAUCCACAAUAAGAUUUCUAAGAGAAUUAAAAGUGCAAGUAAAAGGAGACAAAUUGACCACGAUGUUCAGGAACCUAACGAAAAAGAUAAACUGAACGCAGUUGUAGUGAGUGGUGACUUUAUAUUAUUAAAAAACGAAAAACGCUGGCGACCGAAAAGAAAACAAAAGAUUGUGGAAUUUGUAGCAGUAGGGAAUAACAAAUCACAUCUUAGCAUUGGUGUGCGAAAACCUGAGACUUAAUUUUUUUUUAAUGUUACUGAUUAUUGGUAUAGGUCAAGGAAUCAUAUUGUAAAUCCAGAAAUAUUUAAAAUAAAACCAAUUAUUAAUAUUAACAAAAAUUUAUUUACAUUCAGUUUAUUUAAAAUGUACAUGUUCAUUAUCACAAUUAACUGCUUUUUAAUUGUUAUACACAAAUGUGUAUUUGUUUAUUUUAAUUCAGAUUCACAUUGAUGUCUUAAGUUCGUAAGAA